UUUUCUAACCCGGAUUAUAAAGAUGCAAAUUUUUGUGAAGACAUUAACGGGGAAAACCAUCACCCUUGAGGUCGAGCCUUCUGACACAAUUGAGAAUGUCAAGGCUAAGAUUCAGGAUAAGGAGGGGAUCCCCCCAGACCAGCAGCGACUGAUUUUUGCUGGCAAGCAGCUGGAAGAUGGACGCACUCUGUCCGAUUACAACAUUCAGAAAGAAUCAACCCUCCACCUGGUGCUAAGGUUGAGAGGAGGAAUGCAGAUCUUCGUGAAGACCCUGACAGGCAAGACCAUCACCCUUGAGGUUGAGCCUUCUGACACAAUUGAGAAUGUCAAGGCCAAGAUUCAGGAUAAGGAGGGAAUCCCCCCAGACCAGCAGCGACUGAUUUUUGCCGGCAAGCAGCUGGAAGAUGGACGCACUCUGUCCGAUUACAACAUUCAGAAAGAAUCAACCCUCCACCUGGUGCUAAGGUUGAGAGGAGGAAUGCAGAUCUUCGUGAAGACCCUGACAGGCAAAACCAUCACCCUUGAGGUUGAGCCUUCUGACACAAUUGAGAAUGUCAAGGCCAAGAUUCAGGAUAAGGAGGGAAUCCCCCCAGACCAGCAGCGACUGAUUUUUGCCGGCAAGCAGCUGGAAGACGGGCGCACUCUGUCCGAUUACAACAUUCAGAAAGAAUCAACCCUCCACCUGGUGCUGAGGCUUAGAGGAGGAAUGCAGAUCUUCGUGAAGACCCUGACAGGCAAGACCAUCACCCUUGAGGUAGAGCCUUCUGACACAAUUGAGAAUGUCAAGGCUAAGAUUCAGGAUAAGGAGGGGAUCCCCCCAGACCAGCAGCGACUGAUUUUCGCCGGCAAGCAGCUGGAGGAUGGUCGUACCCUCUCCGACUACAACAUCCAGAAAGAGUCGACCCUCCACUUGGUCCUGCGACUGCGAGGAGGUAUGCAGAUCUUUGUGAAGACUCUUACAGGAAAGACCAUCACAUUGGAAGUUGAGCCUUCUGAUACCAUCGAGAACGUAAAGGCCAAAAUCCAAGACAAGGAAGGAAUUCCUCCAGACCAGCAGCGACUUAUCUUCGCUGGAAAGCAGCUGGAAGAUGGCCGUACCCUCUCUGACUACAACAUCCAGAAAGAGUCGACCCUCCACUUGGUCCUUCGACUUCGAGGAGGUAUGCAGAUCUUCGUGAAGACUCUUACAGGAAAAACCAUCACCUUGGAAGUUGAGCCUUCUGAUACCAUCGAGAACGUAAAGGCCAAAAUCCAAGAUAAGGAAGGAAUUCCUCCAGACCAGCAGCGACUUAUCUUCGCUGGAAAGCAGCUGGAAGAUGGCCGUACCCUCUCCGACUACAACAUCCAGAAGGAGUCGACCCUCCACUUGGUCCUUCGACUUCGAGGAGGUAUGCAGAUCUUCGUGAAGACUCUUACAGGUAAAACUAUCACUUUGGAAGUUGAGCCAUCCGAUACCAUUGAGAAUGUCAAGGCUAAGAUUCAAGAUAAGGAAGGAAUUCCUCCAGACCAGCAGCGACUCAUCUUCGCUGGUAAGCAACUGGAAGAUGGCCGUACCCUCUCCGACUACAACAUCCAGAAGGAGUCAACCCUCCACUUGGUCCUGCGACUUCGAGGAGGUAUGCAGAUUUUCGUGAAGACCCUAACAGGAAAGACCAUCACAUUGGAAGUUGAGCCUUCUGAUACCAUCGAGAACGUAAAGGCCAAAAUCCAAGAUAAAGAAGGAAUUCCCCCAGACCAGCAGCGACUCAUCUUCGCUGGUAAGCAGCUGGAAGAUGGCCGUACCCUCUCCGACUACAACAUCCAGAAGGAGUCAACCCUCCACUUGGUCCUGCGACUUCGAGGAGGUAUGCAGAUCUUCGUGAAGACAUUGACAGGUAAAACCAUCACUUUGGAAGUUGAGCCAUCUGAUACCAUUGAGAAUGUCAAGGCCAAGAUCCAAGAUAAGGAAGGAAUUCCUCCAGACCAGCAGCGACUCAUCUUCGCUGGAAAGCAGCUGGAAGAUGGCCGUACUCUGUCUGACUACAACAUCCAGAAAGAGUCGACCCUCCACUUGGUCCUGCGACUUCGAGGAGGUAUGCAGAUCUUCGUGAAGACAUUGACAGGAAAAACCAUCACUUUGGAAGUUGAGCCAUCUGAUACUAUUGAGAAUGUUAAGGCCAAGAUCCAAGAUAAGGAAGGAAUUCCUCCAGACCAGCAGCGACUCAUCUUCGCUGGAAAGCAGCUGGAAGAUGGCCGUACUCUGUCUGACUACAACAUCCAGAAAGAGUCGACCCUCCACUUGGUCCUGCGACUUCGAGGAGGUAUGCAGAUCUUCGUGAAAACCCUUACAGGAAAAACCAUCACCUUGGAAGUUGAGCCAUCCGAUACUAUUGAGAAUGUUAAGGCCAAGAUCCAAGAUAAGGAAGGAAUUCCUCCAGACCAGCAGCGACUCAUCUUCGCUGGUAAGCAGCUGGAAGAUGGCCGUACCCUCUCUGACUACAACAUCCAGAAGGAGUCAACCCUCCACUUGGUCCUGCGACUUCGAGGAGGUAUGCAGAUCUUCGUGAAGACUCUUACAGGAAAGACCAUCACAUUGGAAGUUGAGCCUUCUGAUACCAUCGAGAACGUAAAGGCCAAAAUCCAAGAUAAGGAAGGAAUUCCUCCAGACCAGCAGCGACUCAUCUUCGCUGGUAAGCAGCUGGAAGAUGGCCGUACUCUGUCCGACUACAACAUCCAGAAGGAGUCCACCCUCCACUUGGUCCUGCGACUUCGAGGAGGUAUGCAGAUCUUCGUGAAGACAUUGACCGGUAAAACCAUCACUUUGGAAGUUGAGCCAUCCGAUACCAUUGAGAAUGUCAAGGCUAAGAUUCAAGAUAAGGAAGGAAUUCCUCCAGACCAGCAGCGACUCAUCUUCGCUGGUAAGCAACUGGAAGAUGGCCGUACCCUCUCCGACUACAACAUCCAGAAGGAGUCAACCCUCCACUUGGUCCUGCGACUGCGAGGAGGUAUGCAGAUUUUCGUGAAGACCCUAACAGGAAAGACCAUCACAUUGGAAGUUGAGCCUUCUGAUACCAUCGAGAACGUAAAGGCCAAAAUCCAAGAUAAGGAAGGAAUUCCCCCAGACCAGCAGCGACUCAUCUUCGCUGGAAAGCAACUGGAAGAUGGCCGCACACUCUCCGACUACAACAUCCAGAAGGAGUCAACCCUCCACUUGGUCCUGCGACUGCGAGGAGGCAUGCAGAUUUUUGUCAAGACCCUUACAGGAAAGACAAUUACCUUGGAGGUUGAGCCAUCUGAUACCAUUGAAAAUGUCAAGGCUAAAGUUCAAGAUAAGGAAGGAAUUCCUCCAGACCAGCAGCGACUUAUCUUUGCAGGAAAGCAGCUUGAGGAUGGCCGAACCCUUUCGGACUACAACAUCCAGAAGGAAUCUACACUUCAUUUAGUCCUUCGCCUUCGUGGUGGUCAAUGAACAAUCCCGGAAAAAUUUUAUGUGAUACAUCUACUCUUUCAAUUGGUUAAUUCUAUUACUUUUAUGACAAGUAUUUCAUAAAUACUCGAUGUAUUUCUUUGCUAUUCCAAUUUCUUAGGUUUCUAUUUUUUUACUCAUGUAAUAAUUUAGUUUUCCUAAAUAUAUAAGACUGUUGCAUUGAA